UUUUUAAUGACGUAGCUGUCAAUAUACGCAUGGUGGUGCAAUUUUCUGAUUGCGAAACGUGUUUUAUACAAUAAUUGUCUGUUCUAACGACUGUACGGAAACUAAGUGUAUCUUUUAAAUAUGGCUGUCCGCGUUCAAUUUGAAGGUAACAAUGAAAUUGGCGUUUUUGCGAAGCUGACAAACACAUACUGCCUCACAGCAAUCGGCGGAUCGGAAAACUUCUACAGUGUGUUUGAAGGAGAGUUAGCAGAUACCAUCCCAGUCAUUCAUGUCAGCCUGAAUGGAUGUCGAAUUAUAGGAAGAAUGUGUGUUGGCAAUCGGCAUGGUCUUCUAGUCCCCAUGGGCACCACAGACCAGGAGCUUCAACACAUAAGAAACUCACUGCCAGACAGCGUAACAGUCCGGAGAGUGGAAGAGAGGUUAUCUGCCCUUGGAAAUGUGAUCACUUGCAAUGAUUAUGUGGCACUUGUUCAUCCAGACUUAGAUAAGGAAACCGAGGAAAUUCUCGCAGACACACUGAAGGUGGAAGUAUUCCGACAGACGAUUGCUGACAAUGUGCUUGUUGGCAGCUACUGUGCCUUAAGUAACCAUGGAGGACUGGUUCAUCCAAAGACCUCAAUACAGGAUCAAGAUGAGCUGUCCUCCUUGUUACAAGUCCCUCUUGUGGCGGGCACAGUAAACCGUGGCAGUGAUGUGGUAGGGGCGGGACAGGUUGUCAAUGACUGGAUCGCAUUUUGCGGACUUGACACCACCAGUACAGAACUCUCCGUCAUUGAGAGUGUGUUCAAACUAGGCGACGCACAUCCCAGCACCAUCACCAACGAGAUGAGGAGCUCACUUAUUGAUAGUAUGACUUAACAGGGCAGACGGUGUUAGAAGCUAGCAGAAUACUAUUUAGUGUCAACAAACAUUUAUGUGAAUAAAAACAUUAUUGUAAAACUUUCACACUUUGGAAUUGAAUUAAAAUUAGAAAUUGUGAAGAAUGAUCUACCAGCUAUAAGUAAGAUGUGUGGUUAAACUAUUUUCAAGUGUAGUAUGUUUAAAUUACUGUGAAUGUCACAUUUAUUUUCCCAUCACGGGGAUCCUGAUGUAUUAUCUGUAUUUCAAAGACAUAGAACAAUAUCUCAAUCGGAUAUUUGAUACAGCAUAAAUAUCAGUUGACCUUCCAUUUCAUCAAGAAAUUACCAUACCUCUUUUUGCUGGACAAACAGAAAUAUUUCAAUUUGUACAUAUGCUAUGAUACUGGAUAAGCCAGCCUAGGCUAAGAUGGCAUAUUACACAUGCUAAACAAGGAUCUGUUAAUCAGUCGCCCAAAUGAAUUCCUACUCAACAUGUACAUGAAGGCCAAUAAAAGGGUUUCAUUGGCCCAAGCAUU